CCUCGACAUCGACAAACACCCUAUUGACUCAGUAUACCUCAGGCAGACAAGCUCUAGGUCAAUUAUAACAUACUCUUGCCCGCUUCGCCCGUCGAGACGAGCCCCGAAUGUCCAGGAUCCCCAUCCCGACCUACCUGCAACAACAACAACAACAAUCACCCACGCCUCAACGGACCGCUUCUGGCGAUAUCAUGAGUUCAAACAGCCCCAUGAGCUCGGAUACGAGGAGGAAGCAGAGCAAGCGAGAUGAGACCCUCCGUCGAAAGAUCGAAUCCGAACUCUCUCGCAAACGUCCCGGCCCUCCCGCCUCCUCCCUCUCCCAAUCCAACCUCCCUACCAACCAAAACUCUUCCUACCACAACCCCGCCCAGAGGUCCCGCCGACAAGCCCAAAAGGGUACCGUCGCCGGCCUGAAACCUUCUCCUGCGUUGACGGUACCGGAGAACAUGACGGUCUCUGAUGCCAGUCAGUUGUGUGCGGCCAAGAGGACGGAUUGUGUUUUGGUCGUCGAUCAGGAGGAAGGGUUGAGUGGGAUUUUCACCGCCAAGGAUUUGGCUUUCCGGGUCACCGCCGAAGGUCUAGACCCUCGAACGACCCUCGUCUCCCAGAUCAUGACCCCGAACCCGAUGGUUACCCGGGAUACGACGAGCGCGACUCAGGCGUUGCAGUUGAUGGUGGAGAAGCAUUUCAGGCACUUGCCCGUCUGUAAUGAAGACGGCGAUGUGGUCGGUCUUUUGGAUAUCACCAAAGUCUUCCACGAAGCCCUCGCCAAGGUCGAACGAUCCUCCUCAGCCUCUGCCCAACUCACCGCCGCCCUCGCCGGCGUCCAGUCCGAGUUGGGUGGAAUGUCUACCAACCCGCAAGCGGCGGCUAUGAUGGCUUACGCCGAAGCUCUCAAAGACAAGAUGGCCCUCCCCGAUUUGACCACGGUGAUGAACACCCGGAUCCCUCCGCCCAUGGUCAGCGCCAGGACGUCGGUCAAAGAAGCCGCUAGGUUGAUGAAAGAACGCCGAACCACCGCCGUCUGCGUCAUGGAAGGUCCAGUGGGGGGGAUCAACAGUUCGAGCUCUGCUGUCGGAUCCACCGUCUCCGGAGGUGGAGCGCCGGGGACAAAGAUCGCGGGGAUCUUCACCAGUAAAGACGUCGUCCUACGUGUUAUUGCGGCUGGGUUGGACCCGGGGAGGUGUAGUGUCGUUAGGGUCAUGACGCCUCAUCCAGAUACGGCUCUGCCUACGUUGAGCGUUCAGGACGCUUUGCGAAAGAUGCACAAUGGACACUACUUGAACUUGCCCGUCGUCGAGUCUGAUGGUCGAUUGGUCGGGAUCGUCGACGUUCUCAAGCUCACUUAUGCCACGCUCGAGCAGAUCGAAUCCAUGUCGGACGACAAGACCAACACCGACGGAGGUCCCAUGUGGAGCAAAUUCUUCGAAGAUCUCGGUACAGCCGGAGGUCCCGAUGAUGACACGGCAUCGAUGAUCUCGGGCAGUCACAUGCCUGACCAACCUCAGACUCCGAACGUGCCCCGUCACAUGCACCGUGCCGAACGCGUCGGGACCCCAUUCUCCGAGCUUCAACCCGGUGAUUCCGCCUCGGCGAUCGACGAUGAAGGCAUGUCUGAGAUGGGUGGUGCUGGAAAGCCCGUCGGGGCUCCUUCUUCUGUCGCCGCGCCCGUCGCUCAGGUGGACGAUGGGACGUACAUCUUCAAGUUCAAGACUCCUAGCGGGAGGACGCAUAGGUUCCAGGCCCGACACGACAAUUUCGAAAACCUGCGCGAGAUCGUCCUCGGCAAGCUCUCUAGUGAUCCGUUCUUCAACGGCGAGGGAACACGGGAAGGGGAUAGUAUCCACAUGGCCGACCCCGGUGUUUUCACCAUGUCCUACACCGACGACGACGGCGAUCUGGUCACCAUCACCCAGGAUGGCGACGUCACCGACGCGGUCAAGACGGCCCGUUCGCAAAAGUCGGACCGGGUCGUGCUCGUCAUCCAGGGCGACAAGGUCUGGGAAGAAGCCGCCAAGGACCUCGCGGCAGCUUCGAACCCUCGGGCUUUGGAGACGUUGAAAGAGUCUGCCAAGGAGGAAGACGAGGAAAAGGCCGAGGUGGAAGAAAAGGCCUUGGAGGACAAGUCGGCGGACCCGGCCAAGGUGCCUACGUUUGGGCAGAGCGAAAAGGUCCACGUUCAGCCUGGUAGUGGUGUCAAUAACAAGGACGACGUGAUGGGUAUCCCGAGGGAUUUGGUCUUGCCCGCCAGUUUGGGUUUCUUGGGGAUCGUCAUUAUCGGGGUAUUCAUGGCGACCCGAGCCAAGAAGUAGUAGUUCGAGGGAACGUCUCUCCUGAAGUGCAUCUGUAUUUUAUAGUCAACGCGGGUCUUCUUGUGUUUCCCGGCUUGUUCUCUUUCUCACCAAAUCACGAAAUGCAUAUCGAUCAUACCAGAAUAUA